AUGGCAACAACAACAACACUACAUCAUCACCACCAUCAUCAUCACGACAAUACUAACCAGCAGGAAGAGGAGGAGGAGCAGAGGGGGGGAGGAUACUAUGAUGAUAAUAAAGAAGAGAAGGGACCUACUACUACUGCUACUGAUGGUGUUGAUUUAUUAUCAUCAUCUUCGUCGUCGUCGUUGUCAUCAUCACUACUUGAUUGUUGUAGUUAUGAUGAUUUUAUUAUUGGUAAAACCUUGGGUACUGGAUCAUUCGGCAGAGUUAGAUUUGUUACCAAUAAGGCUACUCAUAAUCAUUAUGCUUUGAAAAUACUUAAAAAAGCAUCGAUUAUCAAACUUAAACAGGUUGAUCAUAUAAUAUCUGAGAAGAAUAUUCUUAAGAGAAUACAUCAUCCAAAUAUAGUAAAUCUAUAUGGAUCAUUCCAAGAUAGAAGAUAUCUUUAUUUAGCUAUGGAGUAUGUUAAUGGUGGUGAAUUCUUCUCACAUUUACGUAGGGCAGGUAGAUUCAAUAAUGAGAUAUCUAGAUUNNNNGUAGACUGGUGGACACUGGGUAUAUUAACAUAUGAGAUGAUAGUUGGUUAUCCACCAUUUGUUGAUGAGGAUCCUAUGGGUAUAUAUCAGAAGAUAUUGUCGGGUAAGAUAGUAUUCCCUCGUUACUUUGAUAAAGAUGCUAAAAGUCUAGUAAAGAGGCUCCUUACGGCUGAUCUAACUAAGAGAUAUGGUGAAUUAAGGAAUGGAGUUGAUGAUAUUAAAGGAUGUGAUUGGUUUAUUGGUUUAUCAUGGUAUGAUCUUUAUAAUAAGAAGAUACCAGCGCCAUAUAAACCUAAAGUCAAAUGUGAUACUGAUACAUCUAAUUUCGAUAAUUAUCCCGAUUCAACUGAUGGUUUACCACCAGUAAUACAGCCUGAACAAGAUCCUUUUCUUCAUUGUUACAAUAUUGAUAAAUUCAACAAAAGUAUGUCGACGAAAUAG